GCGCACAAGAUGGCGGCCUCAGUAUCCUGAGGCGGGCGGCCGCAGCUCGGCCUUGGGCUCCAGCCGCGGACUGAGGUCCAGAGACAGGCUUCGCCCGGGUGCCAGGAGGUCGGGGCGGUGCCGUCGGGCCUCGUGGGCUGCCACGUCCGCUCAGUGCUGCCCCCGGGGCCCGCCGCCUCCCCAUCCCUGCCCCGGAGCGGAACCCGAGGAAGGUCAGGGCCGGCCGCCCCGCCCCUCUUCGCCGCCGAGCCGUGGCUGUUAGUGGGUGGCUCACUCACUACUAACUUUGACUUCAGCCGCGUGCAGCUUCCAUGGCGGCCUCGCAAGUUCCGGGGGAGAUUAACAUACAGGCGGGAGAGACGGCCAAGGUCGCGGACAGGGACCUGCCGGGGAACGACUGUCCGGAGCAGGACAGGCUUCCCCCACGCUCCUGGAGGCAGAAGUGCGCCUCCUACGUGCUGGCCCUGCGGCCCUGGAGCUUCAGUGCCUCGCUCACGCCGGUGGCCUUGGGCAGUGCCCUGGCUUACAGAUCCCAGGGCGUCCUGGACCCCAGGCUGCUGGUGGGUUGCGCCGUGGCCGUCCUUGCCGUGCACGGGGCUGGCAAUUUGGUCAACACUUACUAUGACUUUUCCAAGGGCAUUGACCACAAAAAGAGUGAUGACAGGACCCUGGUGGACCGAAUCUUGGAGCCCCAGGAUGUUGUCCGGUUUGGAGUCUUCCUCUACACUUUGGGCUGUGUCUGUGCCGCUUGUCUCUACUACCUGUCCCCUCUGAAAUUGGAGCACUUGGCCCUCAUCUACUUUGGAGGCCUGUCUGGCUCCUUUCUCUACACAGGAGGAAUCGGAUUCAAGUAUGUGGCUCUGGGAGACCUCGUCAUCCUCAUCACUUUCGGCCCGCUGGCUGUGAUGUUCGCCUACGCCGUCCAGGUGGGGUCGCUGGCCGUCUUCCCGCUGGUCUAUGCCAUCCCCCUUGCCCUCAGCACCGAGGCCAUCCUCCACUCCAACAACACCAGGGACAUGGAGUCCGACAGGGAGGCCGGCAUCGUCACGCUCGCCAUCCUCAUCGGCCCCACCUUCUCCUACAUGCUCUACAACACGCUGCUCUUCCUGCCCUACCUGAUCUUCAGCAUCCUGGCCACACACUACAGCAUCAGCCUGGCCCUGCCCCUGCUCACCAUCCCCAUGGCCUUCUCCCUGGAGCGACAGUUCCGAAGCCAGACUUUCAACAAACUGCCCCAGCGGACUGCCAAACUCAACCUCCUGCUGGGGCUCUUCUACGUCUUUGGCAUCAUCCUGGCCCCAGCGGGCAGUCUGCCCAAACUCUGAGGGGACCAGGAGCUCCCCCCACCCCGCCCUUGCCCCCUCAUCUUAGAAUGUGUUUGUUGAAGGCAGAGAAUCGGAGGAGGGAGGGUGAUUUGGCAGUGAGGGGCCGAAGGAUGGCUUCUGAACUCCCACCUCUUUUUUAUUAUUAUGUUUGUAAAGAUAAGGUUUGUUUUUGUAUUAUUCCGUUUUAUGGUGACUCUGGGAACCACUUGUAUCAGAAGGUGAACUGGAUGCAUGGCUCUUGUUUUAUUUAUAAUUUCCACUAGGGGGUGCUGUUAGGUCACCCAGGAUUUUGUGAAGGAGCCUCCAGGUCGGCCUUCUGUCCUGAGGAGCCCUUGUAACUGGGCCCCUGCUUGCUCCACGUACUCACAGUAAGCUUCCUCCCGGUGUGUUGGCCUCGCAGGAUGCGCUGGCGGUCGGUGCCAGGCCCCUGGGCCACGGGAGCGUCCGUCUCUUACUCUGAGCACUUGCAUCCUAAGGGACACUGCUCAAGAGAGAGCCCCCCUCGUUAACGGUCUAGCGUGGCUCCCAGCCUUGGGCCUGGGUUGUGCGUCAGACCCGUUUGUCCUUCAUCUCCCCGUUUGCUGUUGCCACAGCUGAGAUGUGUCCUGUGGCAGGACAGUCCAGCCGAGGGCUGGCGAGGGCGAAACCCUCCCCCCCACCCCCACCCGGAGGCAGCUGAGAAAAUCACUCUGCUUUGGUAGGGCAGCUGUUUUCCCUGUAUAGAAUCUACUGGAAUGACUCCAGCCCUUUCAGUAACUAUCAGGAGCCCUGAAAUUGUAGAGGCGCCUUCCUUGCGGACCCCUUAAAGCCCACAAGGCUGCCUCUACCCCACCCAUUGCCUUUCCUAACGCUCCCCUGUGCCCACCCUCCAUUUCUGUCUGGAUCCCAUUUGUGCGUCUCCUGUUCACUGAGCCUGUUUGGGUAGCAGCUUAGCAGCUGAGUUGAGGACAGUUGUCACUUUCCACGGAGCCGCGGGAACAUCAGCCCAUCCCUGAACGAAUAAGCCGAUAGACACAGUCCUGAUCCGGUUCAGCCAGAUGACAGGCCCUGCCAGAGAAGGAGCCACGUCUUCCUCUUUGAAGACAGAUGGGCAGCACUGACCCCACUCCUCCCGAAGGCCGCAAUGGCCUUGUGCAAAGAUCCUUUGCUCCCAGAAUGGGGAAUUCCAAUGCUGUUUUUCACUUCACUGCCUGCAAAGUAUAAUUUCUGAGCUAGAGCUGCCCACUUGCGUUUGGUCCAUGACUGAAAUACAUCGAGGCCAUCAUGCUUUUCCGUUGUGAUUCCAGCCUUUCUGAUAGGUGUCUCAGGGGCCCGGCCUGCUGAAAAGGACAAGAACUGGUUCUUAACCCUCAACAUCAGGCUAAGUAUGAGUUGGUUCCUUGAGUUUGGAUUGGUCAGUCUCCUUGGGAAGAAAACAUACUGGAAAUCGCAAACGUUCCUCCAAAGUUGAAGGUGGUCUGACUGCAGAGAAGGUCCGGAAUCCUCGGACGGUGGUCAGAGCGCAGUGACGAGAGGGGGGCUGCAAUCCUUCCCAGCCACCAUUUUUGUUUUGACGCCAGGCUUGUGGCAUUUGGGUGCUCACAGGGGUCCUGCCUCCAAAGACAGGCUCUUGUGGCACCUCUUCAGGCUGUUCUCACACGGGGCUCACCUGUGGCAAGGACCGGGGCUCCCUGCUUCCCCAGCCCAGACCCACCUUCGCCAGCACACGUGUCGGGAGGUGGCCUCUGGCCCCUGCCCUGCGUCGUGGUACAGAUUUUAAUGCAUAUUUUUUAAUAUAAAUGUUUCUAAAAGGCCAGAUUUGGUGCCAGGUUUUAUACACAGGUCACCAUAAUUUGUAUUACCGGCCCUGAUUCAGUUAAGGUUCUCUUUAGACUUGUUAAUAAAAACGAUGUCUUAUCAGUUG